AGUGUGUGUAUUUUCUUCGUCGCCACGUCGCAUUUGCUUGUUUCAUUUUCGGCAUUUUCACAACGCGAAACAAGAGCGUAGACCAAAAAACCCCAGAGACCUCUAUUUACUUGGAAGCAUACCAGCAUCGAAGUCAGUUGCAGUAAGUGUUUCGCCCAUACAGUCUGCCAAUUCGAUCGAACGUUCACUACAACAAUCCAUAGCCUACUGCUGCUAGUAAAAGCGCCUCAGCAACGCACAAAACAUUUCCUGAUUCAGUGUUCAACACCUCACAGAGCAAACACACAGAAAGAUGGCCCCACAGCAGCGAAUCCGUAUUGCCAACGAGAAGGCCAGCAAGAACAUUACGAUGCGUGGCAAUGUGCCCAAAUCGUCGAAAAACACCGAGGAAAAGUAUCCGGUCGGACCGUGGCUGCUGGCCCUGUUCAUCUUCGUUGUGUGCGGUUCGGCGAUAUUCCAGAUCAUUCAAUCGAUCCGCAUAGCAUAAGAAGGUGGUGGUGUGAUCGAUCGAUUUGUCCAACCUUUUUGGUUCUCUAUCCCCCCCGUUUCUUUUUUCGUUUUCCCGGGCUUUUAUUUCAACGAGAGGAGAAGCGAUUUUUGCUUUCCCUGUGCACACACACACACACACUUUUUGUUGUUCCAUUCCCGCUUUUAUGUGACCGCCACCGGAACCGAACCGAAUGGGCGGAUAAAGUGUUGUAGCUGUUUGUUUUGUGUAUUGUUUUAGUUUACGUGCCUGUCGCCAGUUUGGAACAACGGUUUUUUUUGUUGUUGUAUACUUUCGCAAUACUUCUGUUUGUAAAAUAAUGUGAUGUGACUUUAUAACGUGCUCUGGUGGAAGGUUCUUCUUCCACGCACUGACUGACGUACUGUUCGUUUUUUCUUUCGGGGUAUUUGUUUGGAUGACCGUUUGGAUCCGGUGUGUAGCUAGCAUGAUUUACAGUUCAGUUCAGUUUCGAAAUCUCUCUCCUCAACGCUUGAUCCAUUCUGCCUAUGAACCGGAAGCAGGAAUGCAUUGCUUAUAGAAGCGGCGUAGAAACGGAUCUUUCAAACAGACAAAUUCGCACAAUUCCAAUGCCCGCUCCGCUGGAUACGGGCGUUAAAAUACGAUUACGCUCCAGAACCUUCUGCCACCAGAUAACAGGUGCAACGCGUCGGUGUUGGUGGGAAGUAUGUAAACCAAGUAACUAAACAACGCAACAAGCCUUGCCACAUCACAUAAGAGCGCUCGCGCGCGUUCGGCUCGUGUAAAUCUACCAGCCUAACGAGGAACGAGGAAGAUUGGAUACGAUAGAAUACAGACAGCAGGAUCAUUCCCGAACCUUACCAUAAAAAGAAAGACCAACAUGAUGCUGCUGCUAUUGCUUCAAAAUCAGACCAAGCAAUGCAACAAUGUGUGGGGGCACGAUAGGGCAGACAAAACAGUACGAAACGGACGUCAAAUCAAAUACCCUCAUCCAACCACUUAACAAUACACUCAGAGAGAGAGAGACCCCUCAGACAACUCCCGGUUUUUCGUCGCAUAAUUUCGAUGCGAGGAAAAAAAAGCACGUCGCAGGAAAAUUAAAAAAAAAGUAUAUACAUUAAGAGAAAGUGAAGCACUCAAACUGACAAAAAAAAGCAACCUAAAUUUGGUGAAACAUUAUAUAUUAUCAAUGUGAAAACUAGUAAAA